UCCUGGGAAACAGAGUCCACAUCCUGAAUAAUUUAAGCACCAUCACUUGCUAGCAAGAUGCCGGCUGUACAUAAAUUACUUCUUGAAGAAGCCCUUCAAGAUAGCCCUCAGACACGCUCGCUGCUCAGUGUGUUUGAGGAGGAUGCAGGUACUCUUACAGACUACACUAACCAGCUCCUGCAGUCUAUGCAAAGAGUGUUUGGGGCACAGAAUGAGAUGUCCCUGGCCACAGAACAGCUCUCCAAACAGUUAGAUGAGUAUGAGAAACAGAACUUUGCUUUGGGGAAGGGGGAUGAAGAGGUAAUCAGCAUGCUUCAACAGUUUGCCAAAACAGUGGAAGAGCUAAACUCCUUGCAUGCUGACUUGGCCACUCAGAUUGCUGACAAGAUGGUGUUUCCAAUGGUGCAGUUCAGAGAGAAGGACCUCACUGAAAUAAGCACGCUGAAAGAGAUAUUUGGAAUUGCCACUGAUGAGCACGAGGCAGCCAUGGUGAAAUACAGUCGACUCCCCAAGAAGAGAGAGAAUGAAAAGCUGAAAGCGGAGGUGGUUCGAGAGGUGGCAUACUGCCGGAGGAAGCAGCACCAAGCCUCUAUGCAGUAUUAUUGUGCUCUCAAUGCCUUACAGUACAGAAAAAGAGUGGCCAUGCUGGAACCCUUACUGGGAUACACACAAGCACAGAUAAAUUUCUUUAAGAAAGGCAUGGAACUGGUCUCCAAGAAAAUGGACAGUUUUCUGGCUUCUGUGAACAGUAUGACUCACAGUAUCCAGGCCCAGUUGGAUGCAGAGGCAGAAAGCAUGCGUUUGUCACAAAGAGAGUUGUUGUCGGUGGACGACACAGUCUAUAUGCCUGACUAUGACCGUGAGCCAGUCAACCGAACGCUCAUCCAGAAAGCAGGCUAUCUCAACAUUAGGAAUAAGACAGGCCUGGUGACCACUGCCUGGGACCGGCUGUAUUUCUUCACCCAGGGAGGCAACCUGAUGUGUCAGCCACGUGGAGCCGUGGCUGGCGGCAUGGUGCUGGACCUUGACAACAGCUCCGUCAUGGCCGUGGAGUGCGAGGACAGACGCUACUGCUUUCAAAUCACAUCACCUAAUGGGAAAACGUCUCUGAUUCUUCAAGCAGAAAGCAAAAGGGAAUAUGAAGAGUGGAUCUGCACCAUUAACAACAUUUCCAGGCAAAUCUACCUAACAGACAACCCUGAGGCAGUGGCCAUCAGGUUGAAUCAGACGGCCAUCCAGGCGGUCACUCCGAUCACAAGCUUUGAAAAAAGAGCAGAGGGCUCUCCCAACCCUGAUAGGGCUAGGCCGGGCGGAUUGGUCCCUGGGAGCAGUAAAAAGGCCCCUGCUGUCCCAGAGCCUGAAGACCUGAUUGCCCCUGGAACGCCCAUCCAAUUCGACAUUGUGUUGCCUGCAUCUGAGUUCCUGGACCAGAACAGGGCGGGAGGGAGACGCACAAACCCUUUUGGUGAGACAGAAGAGAGCUCUUCAAGCACUGAUGACUCCCUGCUACAGCAGGUGUUUGCUGUGCGUUUCCUGGGCUCCAUGGCUGUACGCUCAGGGCACACACAGGAAGUGAUCUAUGAGGCCAUGAGGCAGGUGCUUGCAGCACGGGCCAUACACAACAUCUUCAAAACAGCCGAAUCCCACCUGAUGGUGACCAGCAGCUGCCUCAGGUUGAUUGAUCCGCAGACACAGGUCACUAGAAUAAGUUUCCAGCUGAGGGACGUGACACAGUUUGCGGCGCACCAGGAGAACUCCAGGCUCAUGGGCUUCGUGGUGGAGGGAGCCGACUGGAGCGAGGGAGCCGAGGAGGGACGGCCAUCUUUCAGCGCCUUCGUGUUUGAGAGCAACACCGAAGGAGAGAAGAUCUGCUACACAAUAAACUUGGGGAAAGAGAUUGCAGAAGCAAAGAAGGACCCCAAGGCUCUAGCCCAGCUGAUGAAGUCCAUGCCCCUGACCAACGAUGGGAAGUUCCUGCUGUUGACAAGCGAGGCGGGACAUGCGGCUAAUGAGGGAGGAGAGGAUGACCUGGAGUCUGAGGCCUGAUGCACUCGUGCCAGCUGCCCUGGUGUUCAGCCUUCUGCAGGCUCACAUCUGGCUGCUCACACCCUUUUGAAAGAGCUGAGCUCUCCUCCAUGUAACAACCACACUGACUCCACUCCAAUAGGACACAGUACUAGUUUUGCUCUUCCACAACACCCAGCACUUGGGCUCAAGUGAACUUUCAUGCCUGAGAGGUUGUCUGAAAAUGUUAAAUGAUGUUUGCAUUCUAAUACCCGUGAAAGUAGACCAAUCUGAUACUUCUGCCGAUGCCUCUAUUAGAACACCACGUGUGUCUGCUUGGGCAGUAGAGAGAAAAACAUGAAUUAGAUUUAUUCAGGUGACUGUUUAUGCUUAUGGUAUGUCCUACUCAUCAUGUUGAAUUGGCUACUGAUUUUAAGCAUUUACAAGCACAUGUUCAAAAACAGUGGUGUACUUCAGACAUCCUUGAAGUAUGGGUUGAUUUUGUCUAGGCCUUAAACACUCUGACUACUCUUCAUCAGAGCUGAUUUUAUAGGACCUUGAAGCAGUAAAUGGCUUUGCUGGCUAUUGUCCAGUCUUCAGUAAAGACUGGGUCUCAAAGACAGAAGAAAAAUAGGGCUAUUUUAGUAGUAUGGGAGUUGAUGCUUCUUACAGAGUGGACUGGUCAACCCCCCACUUGUCACGUGGGUCCUUAACACCAUAUCUGACUAAAAUUAGUCCCAGAAUAAGGAGUGGGAUUGAAAGGGGCGCUAUCUUGUUCCUUUGUUGUAGAUUGUGUUGUCAUGGUUCCUAAGUCAUAGUUUCUCUCCCAUCAGACUUAAUUUGCCCAUUUUCCAAUAAUUUAAAUGUAAAAUUUCAAUAAUUCUGUUAAGUGAACAAUUAAAAGCUAGCCUAUGCAGAAGUCACUAACUGAUAGACUGCAGUUAGCUAGACAUGCUCUUCAUAUGUUUCAUUAUCUGCUGGUACACAGGUUACAUUAUUUUGGUAAAUAAAUAUAACUGCACUUCCAGUUUGAAUAUUGCACUAAUCUACAUAGACUCGUUUGAAAGGAAGUGUUUCAUGAUAAUGCUACAGUAAUAAAAAUGGAAGAGUAGUAUGGUACUGAGACACAGCAGUAGUUUUCGUGCUGGGGGAAGGAGUCCAUGCUGAUGCUACUGGCUAACAGGUGCUGCUGAUCAAGGGUCCGCCUCCCAGUGACAGUGUAAAAGUAAAGGCAAAAUGGUUUUAAGUCAGCAGUCAAGUGCAGCCAGGUUUGUUUGUUUGUUUGUUUUGGAUACAAGGCAGCUUUAUGGCCAAAAGGAUCAGAAGCUGGUUUCAGCUUGUGCGCUGAAUUCUUUCAUUCAUUCCAUUUUUUUUCCCCCUCAGGUCCUUUUGAAUUAAAUAAACUUUUUUUUUUUUAACAGUCCAUUGUUGAAAUGACCAAUUUCAAUACAAUAAGAUUUAAUGUAAAAUUUCUUGCAUAGGCCUAAGGGCAGUGGUCUGUUUACAGCAAAUUAUAAGCAUUUAGAUUUAAAAUGCAUUUUACAAUCAUGGCUUAUGUUUGGGUAGAACAAGCCUUGUGAAUCCCUAAGACUAGCAGUGAAACAGGCUCAUGGGCUUUCUGACUAUAUUCCCAUUUUCCUAAAGGGCUUCACCCCCUUUAAAUAUUACUUGUUUACUCUGCUUGCUUGGCUGUGUUAUGCCUGUGGGCAAUUAUAAUUUAUCUGCUGUGAUUUGCAUAUUAUAUAACUCAGUUUGUUGUACUUCAGUAUUGUAUAUAAAUGUGGUAAAUACAUGUUUGUUUGUUUUUUGUUUGUUUUUUUCCCUCAAACAAUAAUUGCUGGCUUGUGUGAGAAGCAUGGUGAUUCGGUGCUUUAAUCAAAAACAGGCUGUUCAAAGUGGUCUUGGUGGAAGGACAAGUUAUGGCUUCCCAUCAGUAUUUGAUUGGAGUCUGGAGAAGACUGCAAUAGAUUGAACUGCAUGUAAACAGGUCUGGUUUUCAACAACUUUUGUUUUGUCUGUUGGGGGCUUGUAGCAUCGGGAGCGUAAGACGACAAACAUUGACAUUCGGUGAAACUCAGAAAAGGACUUUAAGAGAAGUAGUGCUUAUGGAGUAAUAACUUUUGGUGAAAUUGACUUGCCAUUGUCCAGAAGAUUUGCAUGCAUGUCUUUUCUAACACAAACUAGAACAUCUUUAAUAAAGCCCUGUAUUGAUUUCUAA